UUUCUCAAAUAACAAACAGAAGUUAUAACUCCUUCUCCGUUCCUAUCUCCGAAUACUUUUACCACCUCUAACAGAAAAACCAACACCGUCCUCUUCUUCUCUCACUGCGGGAAGGCGUUUUCCGGUCACCUCAUAUGUUCUUUUUCAUUGGAAGAUUCUAGUCUCAGCUAGUUUAUUCACACACUUUCAGGUUGUUUUUCAUUCGAAGAUUCUAGUUUCAGCUUGUUUUCUUACACACUCCAGAUUCUCUUUCAUUAGAAGAUCAAAAGUUCAGUUUGCUUGUCCACACAUUUUCAGGUAGCCAUGGCAGGAUUGAUGGUUGCAGGAGCUGUUCUUACCCCUAUCAUUCAAUUUACUAUUGAGAGUCUUGCCUCAAAAUAUUUCAAAGACCUCUUCAAUAAACGGUUGCUGGAAAAACUUAAAAUCACAUUGAAUUCUAUCAACAAAGUCUUGGAAGAUGCAGAGACAAAGCAGUACCAGAAUGAUGAGGUGAGGAUUUGGCUUGACAAUCUAAAGCAUGAGGUAUAUGAAGUAGAUCAGCUGUUGGAUGAGAUUGCUGCUAGUGCACGAAAAACGAGUAAGAGAAAGGUUAAAUGCUUUAGCUCAUUUUUUCCAAAUCAGUUUAAAUCUAGGAUCAAAGACUUGCUCGAUAAGCUAAAAGAUCUUUUAAAGCAUAGUGAUGUUAUGGGAUUGAAAGAAGGAACAAGUGCUCGUAAUGAAGUUGAAGUCGGUCCGAAUUUUUCAAAAAGACCGCCAACGACGUCUUUGGUGGAUGAAUCUCUCAUAUGUGGUAGAAGGGUUGAAAAGGAGAAAAUUGUCAGUUUCUUACUUUUAGACAAUGGUAGUAGUAGCAACCACACACCAAUACUCAGCAUAAUUGGUCUUGGUGGGAUGGGUAAGACCACCCUUGCUCGGCUCGUCUACAAUGACAACAAGGUGCAAAAGUGUUUUGAACUUAAAGCUUGGGUCUAUGUUUCAAAUCCAUUUGAUAUUACCAGACUCACUAAAGAAAUUCUCGAGCAAUUUAAUUCUUCACCAAAUAGUGAAAGCUUGGAAAUACUCCAACGCCAAUUGCAACAGAAGGUAACAGGCAAGAAAUGUUUGCUUGUUCUAGAUGAUAUUUGGAACGCAAAUGAGAAAAGUUGGAAUCAUUUACUAACUCCCUUUAACAAAGGAUCUUCUGGAAGUAAAAUUAUUGUGACCACACGAAAUAAGGACGAUGCAUUAGCCAUGGAAUCUGCCGAGUUAUUUGAAUUAGAAAAAUUGGGGGAGACUGAUUGUUGGAAUUUAUUUGUGACACAUGCUUUUCGCAACAAAAACGUGAGUGAAUAUCCAGAUUAUGAAUCAAUUGGAAGGAUGAUUCUAGACGACAAGUGUGGAGGGUUGCCAUUAGCCGUGGAAUCAAUGGGGAAGCUCUUGAGAAGAAAAUUCUCUAAAAGUGAAUGGGAUAAAAUAUUAAAGACUGAUAUGUGGUGUCUAUCAGAGAGAGACAGUGACAUAAAUCCAGUAUUGAGACUGAGUUACCAUAAUCUUCCUUCCAUUUCGAAGCGAUGUUUUGCUUAUUGUUCCAUAUUUCCCAGGGGUUAUACGUUUCAAAAGAACAAUUUAAUCAAUCUUUGGAUGACAUAUGGUUUGUUGAACUCUUACAAAAGUGUCAAAAGUAAAGAAGAGUUGGGUAGUGAAUCGUUUGAAGAUCUUGAAUCAAUUUCAUUUUUCCAAAGAUCACUAGAUUUUGAUGGUUGUUUUGUCAUGCAUGAUCUUGUCAAUGAUUUGGCAAAAUCAGAGUCUCGAGACUUUUGCUUCCAAGUUAAAGGUGAUAAUGUGGAAGAUAUAUCUGAAAGGACACGCCACAUUUCAUGUUCUCUUUAUUUGAAAGCCGACGAUGAGAUAUUAAAGCACAUUUAUAGAGCUAAGGGAUUACACAGCUUGUUGGUAGAAACACCAAGAGAUGGUGGUAAACGCUUCUUGAUAAGCAACGAUGUGCAAUGUGAUUUGUUUUCAAAGGUAAAACAUUUGCGGAUGUUGUCGUUUUGUGGUGUUAGAGAUGAACACAUAAAGUUACAACUAGGAGUACAGAUAGGCAAUUUAAAGUUUUUGCGCUAUCUAGACGUGUCUUGGACAAGUAUUCACAUGUUGCCUGAUUCUAUUUGUGAGCUUUACAAUUUAGAGACACUGAUAUUGGAAGGGUGUUUUAGUUUCAUGGUACUUCCUAAAGAUUUUUUCAAACUUGACCAUUUACGCUAUCUUAAUCUGGAAGGAACUGCAAUAAGGGAGAUGCCAAAGAACAUAAGGAAACUAAACCAUCUACAAAUGCUGACUAAUUUUUGUGUGGGAGCUUCGAGUGGGUCUGAUAUUGAGGAGUUGGAAAAUCUCAAUCUUCUUCAAGGAAAACUUUGUCUUUCAAGAUUAAACAAUGUCACUGAUCCAACACAUGCCGUAAAGACCCGUUUGCAAGAUAAGAAGUUUUUAGAAGAAAUACAUAUGAAAUAUGAUAGUUCAGUAGUGGAAAGCAAUGUGUCUGUCUUGGACGCCCUUCAACCAAAUAACAAUCUGAAGAGGCUCACUAUUGAGAACUACAAUGGCAAUAUGUUUCCAAAUUGGCUAAGUGGUUGUGAUUUACCCAACUUAAUAUCUCUUAAACUGAAGAACUGUAAUGGAAUAAAGAUCAUCGACAAUAACUCAACAAAUGUCCCGUUCAAGUCCCUUGAAGUUUUGGAAUUUGACUCCAUGUACGAGUGGGAGGAAUGGGUAUGUAUUGAAGGGUUUCCUCGGCUUAAAGAAAUUUCUAUAACUGAUUGUCCCAAAUUGAAAAGAGCACUCCCUCCACACCUUCCUUCAUUACAUAAAUUGGUGAUUAGUGGUUGCAAAAUGCUGGACGUGUCAAUUCCCAAUUGUGAUGAAAUCAGAGUGUUGGAACUAAGGAAUUGUAAGCGGAUUUUGAUAAAUGAGUUGUCAUCCAGCUUGAAAAGGUUUGUCCUUCGUGGAAAUCAGUAUGUUGAGUUCUCCAUGGAUCAUUUAAUCAACAAUCCCUUUCUGGAAUCGUUGGAUUUGGAUUUCAAGGACAUUGUAGAAUGUCCCUCAUUUGAUUUGUGCUGUUAUAACUCUCUGUCCGAACUUUCAAUAAGAAGAUGGCAGUUCUCCUCCUUUCCUCUUUCACUACAUUUGUUCACCAAUCUUGAUUUUCUCUUAUUGUUAGAUUGUCCAAGGCUGGAGUCUUUUCCUAUGGGAGGUUUUCCUUCCAACUUGAGGUAUCUUCCAAUAGUUAAAUGUCCAAAACUAACUGCUUCCAGAGAGGAGUUGGGUUUAUUCCAACUCAAAUCUCUGGCUCAUUUCCGUGUUGCUGAUGAUUUUGAAAAUGUGGAGUCCUUCCCUGAGCAGAAUCUACUGCCACCAACUCUUAAGUCUCUUUAUUUGAGUAGUUGUUCAAAGCUUAGAAUAUUGAACUACAAGGGAUUUCUCCACCUCAAAUCUCUUAGUUAUAUACAGAUUAACAACUGCCCUGGUCUUGAGAGUUUGCCGGAGGAGGGUCUACCCAACUCCCUUGAUACUUUGUUUAUUGUAAAUUGUCCAUUAGUUAAGGAGAAGUACAAAAAGGAGGGAGGAGAGCGUUGGCAUACAAUUUGUCACAUCCCUACUGUGUGGAUUGACCAUAUUUUGCAGCAAUAGUUUGAGCGGUAGAAAUGAGAUGUUUGUCACAGGCAAGUACAACCCAUGUGUUCAUUUUUUUUUCUUAAUUUUUUAUUUGGCACAAUAAUAACACUCUGUGUUUCAUUUUGAACAGUGGCAAGUCUACCUGAAGCUCAAAGAUCUUGCCGACCAAGACAUGCCAUUGUGAUCAACAUGAAGGGGCAAUUCAAAAGUAUGUGUAAAUAAAUAAAAAUAUGGAUUUCAACUGUUUUCGAUUAUUGUGUGGUUAAUAAGAGUUCGUAUUUAACUUUGUUAAUUUCUAGUUUCCCUUUUCUGUAGUGUAUAUUGUGUCUAUCUACAAAACAGUAAGACUGGUUAUUGUAAUAUUCUUAUUUUGCUAUGGAUCAU